AUGCUCUUCUUUUUUUUUGUUUGUUUGCAUCUGUGGAAUUUCUUGAAAGCGGAAGCACUGCUAGAUUCCUUCCAGAUUAAGACCAGUAUUCCAAACCCUAUCUAUCUAUCUAUCUAUCUAUCUAUCUAUCUAUCUAUCUAUCUAUCUAUCUAUCUAUCUAUACAGAGAGAGAGAGACAGAGACAGAGAGAGCGUAAACAAGGGCAUAUGUGCAAUCCUUCCCACACACUCUAUACAUUCCGGUAGAAGUAGAUCUCCUCACUUAUCUUUUUUCCUCUCUCCAACUCUCUCACUCCGUCGAUUCGCUAGUUUUCAGUUAGUUUUUGUUAUCUUUCUCUAUAACAUUUGUCCCCUUUUUCUGUUUUCUCUUUAUGUCUGUCUGUCCGUCUCUCUCUCUCUCUCUCUCACUUUUUCUUUCUCAAGCUUUCUUUAUUUCGUUGUAUUAAUCACUCUUUCGUUCAUACUCUCUUUUUCUCCCUCACUCUCUAUAUACUUUUCUGUCCUCCUCUUUCUCUCUCUCUCUCUCUCUCUCUCUCUCAUACUUCUUCCCUUAAUAUUUCUGUUUCUCCCUCCUUUUCCUUCUCUCUUUGUCUCUCAAUACAUCUCAAUUUUUUUCUUCCAUUUUUUCAUACUUUUUCACGCUCUGGUUUAG